AUGGACAGGAACAACACUGCGUCCAAGCAGUCCCUCUCUCGCCCUUCGUCAGUGACCUCGAUGAACACGACCUCGACCAACAAGAACCGCCAGUACGCCCAUCUGCACGCUCAGCUGGCCCAGCUCAACGCGCACCUUGCGGACACGGAGAAUCUGGUAAGGAUGACGGCCGUUCAGGCGCAAGAUAUGCGGUUCCUCGGCGGUUACGUGGGUGCUUUGUUCAUGGGCAGCGCGAAAGUGCUAGGGGAAGAAAGUUUCGACGGAUGCCAGGUCUUGUCUUGGGACUGGCUACGUAUGACAUAUGCAUCAAUAUGA